GUAAACUACUACAUUAAAUGUGCAAGUUAUUACAAUGAGCCCAUCAAACUAUACAGCCACAUAUACAGUAAGGGCAUUGGCACCAGAGAUGCAGUCCUCUAUGUGGCGUGGGCUCAUCUAGUGGCGUGGGCUCAACAGUUUGAGCAGCAGGGCCUGCUUCAACAGGCUGACACCGUGUACCAGAGAGCCAUGGAAAACCAAGCUAAGCCAACUGACACUGUCCUUCAGCAAUACAGAAUGUUCCAAACCAGGACUUCUGGAAGUGGGGCAGGGGCUUCAGAAGCUGUACGGAAUCCUCUUCAGAAGUCCAACUUGGUAAAUCAGCUGCAAACCCACAGAGUGCCCAGCCCACAGUGCAAGGACCCUGAACGUCUGUUCCAACUCCCUACAGACAGAACUGUUCGCAUAGGACCGUCAGAGGCACUCUGCACACCUGCAACAGAUCUGAAUCCUGAGUUCCUCCAACAUUCUUUAAGGCACCCUCUACUCUCGAGCAACCUCGGCAUCAAACUCACUCCAGGCUUUAGACUGAACAGUGUACAGGACCCCAGACAAGGCAUGGUUAGGGAAUCUGAGACGCACCUUCAGUGCGACCAUCUCAGGGCUCCCAUUACAGACAGUCUGCGCUCACAGCGAUCCGUUUCUCCAUCUGGACAGUUGGAGGAGGUAAACUCCUCCCAUAGAUGCUCCCUCCACAUGCCAGAAGCAGCAAUGGGUCACUUGCGUGAAUAUACAAAAGCUCCAAAACCAUUUGCAGUCGCUUCCCAGGCAACUUCUCUACAAGCUUCUCUAGUUCAGCCCCAACCAGAACGAAACCCUAAGCCAUUUGGGUCGGUCCCACAGAAGCCAGCAGCCUACAGAUUUGACGUGCAGCUUGGUGGAGUUCCAUAUCAGGGUGGUCACUCUCACCUCAGCAGCAUUUUCCAGCAGCACAACGGCAGCGAUCAUCAUGAGGUGUCUGUCAGUGAAGCUCCUGAGUCAGAGGUGAAAUUAGAUGUGUCACAGGGAGGGACUGGAAACGUGUCCCAUAUCACUCCUAACACUUCUCUGGGACUGGUGCAAGUCACCCCGUCCAGGGUGCUCCCAUCCCCCACAGUCAACACACGGGAGGCACUUGAUGCUAUCAUGGACAUGUUCCAGGUUCCAACCCUCCUGCAGGAGGACCAGUUCCGCAGCAUGCCAAUGCAUCCACAUCAGGCGGAGAAGAGCUUUGAUGCUGGCUACCAGAGAACGGGCGCAGCUUCAUUCAGCAAGCCCCCCAGUGCAGUCCCUUUCGCUAUCUUUCAGGAUGAGAAUGACAUAAAGGAGAAAUGCAGUGCUGCUAUGGUGGACAAUGCAAAGCCACCAAGGGCCCUAGCAGAAAUCCCUCUGUCUAAACCAGAGAAACAAAAUGAACGUCCAUCGGAAUUGAUACCAGAUGAGAGCACUAUGUGGGAAGCAUGCUACAACUCCCUGGCCGCCUGCCCCAACAGCACCAGAGACUUUUCACUGUCGGCUCACCUGGCCUCCACGCCCUUCCAAAACAAAGUUCCUUACUCCUGGGACUUUGAGCAGGAUCAAGAAAAUGAUCAACCCAGUGGCUUUGGGGGUCCGGAAGAAGGCCCUUUCCUACGACAGCCCACAAAACUCAGCCCUAUCAUAGAGCAGAGCCCACCUGAUGGGUUACCUGAGACUGGCACGGAGUGCUCUAUGAGAGCUCAGGGCUUUGCUGAGCAGGGCACCAUCGUGGGAGAAGGGCUAGCCCUGGCCCAGCGAAGCCUGGCUACUGCUCCACAUGCACCUGUGGCAGAAGCAUUCCUUUCAAAGAGCCAGAUAUAUGCCCCCAAAUCCAACUUUGAUGUUCCAACUUGUCCAGAGAAAGCUCCAACGCCUGCCUCCAAGUGUGCACCCAAGUCAGACUGGUUAGUGGUCAAAAGCCCAGAGGUUGUGGUUGAACAUGACUUGGAUGCCUUCAUGAGUGCCCGUCAGGAAAUUUGGCUCGGAUGUGACCAUGAGUCCAUUCCAGUCGUCAUCAAAGUUCAGAAUGGAUAUUCCUAUGAGCCCAGCUCCAGAGGUGAGGAAUGGCAUGGAUAUUCUUAUGAGCCCAGACCGAGGUUCAAAGGUGAACAUGAUGUGCCCAUGAGUCCAGCAGGUCAAGGGGCAGCGGCUGUAGAGCUGGUCUCCGACCCCUGGGAUGAGGAGCUGAUUUCCUCCCUGCUCUCCAAGCUGUCCACGCCACUCACCUCACAGCCUAACUUCAUCACCUGGCAGUGCAAAGCCCCCAGCAUCGCACCCAAGAUGACCAUCAAGAUGGGUAAAGGCUCCUUACGGGUUGACUGUGUACUCGGACAGGGUGCCUUUGCCACAGUCUACCAGGCAACUGACCUCAACACCUCAGAGAAGAUGAUUUUAAAGGUGCAGAAACCAGCCAAUCCGUGGGAGUUUUACAUCAACUCUCAGCUGAAUGCCCGGCUGCAGCCCAGCGUGCGCCACCUCUUUAAUAACAUCCACUCUGCCCACCUCUUCCAGAACGGUAGCGUGCUAUUGGGCGAGCUCUACAACUGUGGCACCCUAUUGAAUGCUGUAAACCUGUACAAGAACCUUAGCGACAAGGUGAUUCCCCAGCCUCUGGUGAUCUACUUCACUGUCUGCAUCCUGCACAUGGUGGAACAGCUGCACAAUAUCCACAUCGUUCACGCUGACAUCAAACCAGACAACUUCCUGCUGGAGAGAGGUAGUGACGUCCCUGAGUUCCUGGAGAACAAGUCUUUUGACCAAGAUAAUCUGGAUCAUGGCCUCUCCCUAAUUGACCUGGGUCAGAGCAUUGACAUGACUCUGUUCCCAGAGGGCACGGCUUUCACUGCCAAGUGUAUGACCUCGGGCUUCCAGUGUACAGAGAUGCAGAGUGGGAGACCAUGGAACUACCAGACGGACUACUUUGGGAUAGCUGGAACGGUGUACUGCAUGAUUUUUGGAACAUACAUGCAAGUGACACAGGAGGGCGUGUGGAAGACAAAUGCAGUAUUUAGAAGAAAUCCCCACAGUGAUCUGUGGACAGAGUUCUUCCACACUCUGCUGAAUGUACCUGACUGUAGCUCCCUGCCCUGCCUGCGGAGCCUGCGCAGUAGACUGAGCACUGUGCUCCAACAGAACUACAGCAACAAGCUGCCAUCGCUGAAGACGCGCCUGGUUAUCCAGGUGUUAGAGAGCAGGACGGCAAGGAGAUAGAACUCCCUGAGAACCUUUCUACUCUUGGGUCCUGUUCAGUAGGUAUACAAUUAAAGAAAGCGGUCUGAAACUGAGUGGAACUUGGGAGAUACUAUCUGGACUUUAUGAACAACCCUAAUGAACACGACCCUGGAUACUACUGUGAUGUCGAAUUUCUAGUCCAUUUGUAAAUACAAAAGAUUGACCUUAAAUCGGUUCCGGUCACUGUGAUAACCUUUUAUGCAUUUUAAUGUUUUUUAGUGAUAACCUUUUGUCCAUUUAAAUAACAGAAAUUGUGAGGUUGGAGAUGUUAUGGUGUAUUUUCAUUUGUAAAGAAUAUAUAUAUAUUUUUAAAUCCUGUCUUGCAAGUGUAGUUUAUCAUGGCAUUUGAAUUUCUUUUUGGCUCCAACUUCAUGCAGAAAUAUGUCACUAGGUGUCACCCUUGUUCAAGAAGUUGAGCAACAUGCUCUAGUUUGUGAAUUUGGUGUGUAAUUUUAAGGACAGUAUUUGAUAUUAACAGGGUAUAUAAUUGUGUAUUCCCUUGAUACUACAAUGCAAGAUAAAUGAAGGCAAGGCAAUUAUUUAUGUUUCAGUACCUAUUGCCAGAUGUUUGAUGAUAGAAGCUAGCUUAAUACACCAGCAGAAUACAGCAAUCAAACUGCUUUUCAUCCAGAACAACGGAUCAAACCAAAUUAAGGAAGUGAUGUACGAAAUGAGCACAAAAUACUUGACUGGAUCCAAACGAAAUUCUUUUCCCGUUGGAGCAAUUCAGUUUGGAGUCAUACCAAAGACUUAAAAUGGAACCCGAUGCCUCUGCUUGGCCAUUGGCAUAAGAACAUGGAUUGGGUGAUGAACCCCAGUGUCCUGCCCAGGAGGUGUCCUAUGAUCUGUUCUGGUUUGGACAAGGCUUUCUUACAAUUCAGUUUGGAUCCAGGCUACAUAUGUAAUUACCACAAUCUGUGCCUCUACAGUACAGUUCCCUCAGAGGUGCCUCGAGUUUUGCCACUCUAUUCCAUUGCUAGGCACCCUGUUUGACUCCCACUUUAACAGCCCUGCCCUCUGAUGUCCUCAGCAUUAUUAAUGAGCUUUGUUUGGUCACAGUUUUUCUGUCCCCAAUGAUACCCUAUUCCCUCUAUGGCAACCUAUUCCCCUGUGAGCCCUGGUCAAAAGUAGUGCACGGGAGAGGGAAUGGGGUGCCAUUUGGGAUACUAGCAUUGACAAUCAGAAGCCUGUGAUAUGAAAAGGGAGCAUGGCGCAGCAGCGAUUUGAGAUUUCCCCGCACCUGGAACGGUGAUGCUGAAACAGACCAGACUUUUAGGGUGGACGCUAGAGUAAACCUCUCAAAGGGUGUUAACAAUAGAAGCGUGCCUCAAUCUGUUUUUCCUUUACCAUCCCCUCAGGCGAGAGUGAUAUCAGAGACCAAUACUAGCCUGGCUGACGCGACCCAUGUGACUACUGUAGGACAUCGAGAGCUGGUGUCAGCCAGACUACAACAAAACAGGUGGUCCUCAAUCAACCCCUGAGUAACUGCACUUUGAAAGUAAUCCUCAAUAUAAAUAUCUGGCUUUUAUGCUGUGGGUCACAGUGGGGUGUUUUUCAUAGUAAUCAAGGCAAAAUAUAUUUGUUGAAUAGAUAUAGGCUAGGACAAGGAAAAGGGUUGGGUGUGACUGAUCAUUUAAAAAUCCACCAAAAGCUUCUGAGAGGAAAAUGUAUCACUAUAUUCAGCCCACUGAUCUGACACCUUGUAAUGAGAACCUAGACACCCUAACGAUUAGGGAGGAUUUACACAUAGAACAAACCUCAUAACAUUGAAUAUGAAUCAAGGCAAUUACUUUUUUUAUUUGGUGUAUUCCAGUGUGUGAGAUAUUAAAUGUCACAAACUGAAAAUUGA